AUGGCUGCCUGCACGAGAUGCUCAGGAGCUGCCGCGGUCGGUCGCCUAGUAAGGACGAACCGUACGCUUCUGCAACCAUCCAUAUGCUGCCACGUGGCGUCCGCAAGCCGUUCCGCGUCGUCGCGGAUAUCAUCCGCCUUUUCCUCCUCCCGCUCGUCAGCGCGACGCGGCGUGGCGUUGUCGUCUUGUCUGGCGGCGUCGGUCGCGAGGAGAGCGGCGCGACGCAGCACACGGGUGUGGUCGGUGCAGGGUGGCGGCGCGGACUUUCUAGAAGCAUCAGCGGACGGAAAAUUCGGCCAUUCCGCGGAGAAGACGGAUACCACGGAGAAUCCUGACGUUGAUUACCCUUCUGUGGUGGAAGAUGAGGUGCGAGAGGUUGGUUUCUCAGCUUCUCUUGCGCGCUGUUCUUGCCAUGCCCCCCAUCAGCACGCGCUUCCGCCCGCGCAGGGCUUCCCGGACGCGGGGGAUUCAGAGAGCAGCAGCAGCGAGGACGAGGCGCUUGGGGACGGCAGUCUCGCGGACCUUAUUGACUCCGCGCUCGCCGCCGCGCACGUCUCGUGCAGCGCCGAGAUGGAGCGCCUGCGAUUGCAACCCGACGUGGAGGCAGUGCACGACCUCCGGGUGGCGGUGCGGCGCCUGCGCUCCACCAUUUCCGUCUUCUCCCCAUUCAUCCAGGUGCCUGACGCCCUCAGGCCGCGCGCGCUGGGGAAACUGCUGCGCUCACUGGGGGCAGUCAGAGAUGCUGACGUCAUGCUGGAGACGCUGGCAGCAGUGCAACAGCGCGUGGGCGCGCGUGGGGCGGAGGAGGCGCGGGGCGAGCAGCGGGCGGUGGGGCGCUUUGAGCAUGCCGUGCGCAAGCGACAGAGGCGCCUGCUGCGCGCCGCCCUCGCUGCCACUGCCGGCAAGGACGCGCGGCACAUCAUGCACGCACUUGAGCGGUGUGCACGGGGUGUGAAGCUGCAGUCGCCAUCAGCAGCAGUGCUGCUGCAGCAGCACGUGGCGCUCUCCGCGCCCUCUCUGCUCACCCCACACAUUGCCGCCGCUCUGCUCGACCAUGCCUGGUCCAUAGAUGAUCUCGUGACCCUGGAGGUCACUCCGGGGGCUGCUCACAAGCAGCAGCAGGAAACCACCACCAGCACCACCAGCAGUACCAACAGCAGCAGCAGUGGUGGCAGUGAUGCUGAUGGUGAUGGUGAUGGUGGCAGUGGCGGUAGUGGCGGUAGUGGCGGUGGUGGUGGUGGUGAGCGGCACACGGUGGUGUACAGGCAUGACGUCAUGGACCACAUGCAUGCUCUGCGCAAGCUGCUCCGAGAGCUGCGGUACCGCAUGGACCUGCUGGAGGUGGCAUACUCGCCGGGCGGCCGCUUCCCAGGGGCGCUGCAGCGAGUGAAGCGGCUGCAGAGCAUUCUGGGCGAGCAGCAGGACCUGCACGUGCUGGCUGACGCGCUGCUGCCGCACGCUCACCUCAUGCCCGCCACCAUGCUCGCCCUGCGCUCCUACCAGCUGCAGGUGUGGGAGGAGUGGAUGGAUACACGGGGGACAGUACGUGGGUUGAAGGAGAGUCGUGCUCUCUACAGAGCAGUGCUCAAGCCAACACCCAACUACACGCCUCCCUCCCCUCUCCCUCACAACCUCGACCUCUCCCCCACACCCUCUCCCGCAUCUUCAUCCUCGUCCUCCUCCACCUCACUCUGCUCUCCCUGA